GUCGAACCCUAUAUGGGUGGACUCCUGCAUACAAACGCGUCUUUCCUCAGCAGAUUCUCUUCGUGUGUGUUUGUGUGUGUACGCUGACAAUUAUUGUGUGUUUUACCCCAUUGAUGCUAACCUUUUCUCUAUUCUAUCCCCCUGUAUUUAUCUAUAAAUUAGUAUAUCAAGAGAGAGAUUUUUGUGGACAUUCUUCAUUACUCCUAAAACACACUCUUUAGCUUCUGGGUCUAUCAUUGAUGGCGGAGGAGAGUGGUGUGGCGUUAGUGGGUAGUGAUUUGCAGGUGAAGAAAGCAAGAGAGGAGGAAGAGAACAACGGGGUUUCUGUUUCAUCUGUUUCUGUGGAGAUGGAGGGUUGUAACAACAAUAUAUCCUCUAUUAUACCUGGGUGGUUCUCUGAGAUUAGCCCAAUGUGGCCUGGAGAAGCACAUUCAUUAAAGGUUGAAAAGAUCUUAUUCCAGGGAAAUUCUGACUACCAAAAGGUCCUGGUCUUUCAGUCUUCGACAUAUGGGAAAGUUCUUGUUUUGGAUGGGGUAAUUCAACUUACGGAGAGGGAUGAAUGCUCUUAUCAGGAAAUGAUUACUCAUCUCCCACUCUGCUCCAUUCCAAACCCGAAGAAGGUUUUGGUUAUUGGGGGAGGAGACGGUGGUGUUCUACGUGAGGUGUCCCGCCAUUCUUCUGUUGAGCAGAUAGACAUCUGUGAGAUUGAUAACAUGGUAGUUGAUGUGUCUAAACAAUUUUUCCCUGACGUAGCUGUUGGAUAUGAGGAUCCCCGUGUAAUGCUCCACAUUGGUGAUGGAGUUGCAUUUUUGAAGGCUGUGCCCGAAGGAACUUAUGAUGCAGUUAUAGUGGAUUCUUCUGAUCCAAUAGGUCCAGCGCAAGAGCUUUUCGAGAAGCCUUUCUUUGAGUCGGUAGCAAAGGCACUUCGCCCUGGUGGGGUUAUGUGUACCCAGGCUGAAAGCAUAUGGCUUCACAUGCACAUCAUUGAAGAUAUUGUCGCAAACUGUCGCCAGAUAUUCAAAGGCUCUGUCAACUAUGCAUGGACUACAGUCCCUACAUAUCCAAGUGGGGUAAUUGGUUUCAUGCUUUGCUCAACUGGGGGUCCCCUUGUGGAUUUCAAGCAUCCGAUGAAUCCAAUAGACGCCGAUGAUACCCAUUGCAAGUCAAAAGGACCAUUGAAAUUCUACAACUCGGAGAUCCAUGCUGCUGCUUUCUGUUUGCCAUCGUUUGCAAAGAAGGUGAUUGAUUCCAAAGGUAAAUGAGAGGUCUUUGGAGCAUUUAAGGAGAAGAAUUCGGCUGUAAUAGAGUUUCCAUCUUUCGUCCUUGUUGAAAUGGUCCAUGUAGGAGUGGAUCAUAGAAUAAGUUGCGGUUUUUCUGUUGCUCAUUUUUUAAGAAUUCUGUUGCACGAUAAGAGUUGUAUGAUUAUUGAUUAGUUCAGAGACAAGAGACUCUUACGAUUGAUACUCACACGAGUUAACAGUAUUCAGGGCAACGUAGAGAGUUACUUUGUUGCACACAGCAGUUUUAUACAUGACACAUUUG